GUGUGCGUAGCUAGUAGGAGUCACUAUGGUGACGGGGAGGUCGGGAGGCUUCUUGGUAACUGGUCCUAGCUCUGUGGGAGCAAUCGCCACUGCUUUCCUGGAACUUAAGUGAAUACAAUCAAAUUGCAUUUUAAAAUUUUGCUGGAAGUGGAGACAUGAGACUGAAGAUAUCUCUUUUAAAAGAACCAAAACAUCAAGAAUUAGUAAGCUGUGUGGGCUGGACUACGGCUGAAGAACUGUAUUCAUGUAGUGAUGAUCACCAGAUAGUGAAGUGGAACUUGUUAACCAGUGAAACAAGUCAAAUAGUAAAGCUUCCUGAUGAUAUUUACCCAAUAGAUCUUCACUGGUUUCCAAAAAGUUUAGGCAUAAAGAAACAAAGUCAAGCAGAAAGCUUUGUCCUCACAAGUUCUGAUGGUAAAUUUCAUCUGAUUUCUAAGUUAGGAAGAGUGGAAAAAAGUGUAGAAGCUCACUGUGGAGCAGUUCUUGCAGGAAGAUGGAAUUAUGAAGGAACAGCAUUAGUUACAGUUGGAGAAGAUGGACAAAUAAAAAUCUGGUCAAAGACUGGGAUGCUGAGAUCAACUUUAGCUCAGCAAGGAACACCAGUAUAUUCAGUAGCAUGGGGCCCUGAUUCAGAAAAAGUUCUUUACACGGCAGGCAAGCAGCUGAUCAUUAAACCUCUUCAACCAAAUGCUAAAGUUUUACAGUGGAAAGCUCAUGAUGGCAUUAUUCUAAAAGUAGAUUGGAACUCUGUCAAUGAUCUGAUUUUGUCUGCUGGUGAGGACUGUAAAUAUAAGGUAUGGGAUAGUUAUGGCCGCCCUUUGUACAAUUCACAACCUCACGAGCAUCCUAUUACGUCAGUUGCCUGGGCUCCAGAUGGAGAGUUAUUUGCUGUUGGAUCGUUUCAUACUUUACGCUUGUGUGAUAAAACUGGGUGGUCAUAUGCUUUAGAAAAGCCCAACACUGGCAGCAUAUUUAAUAUCGCAUGGUCAAUUGAUGGCACCCAGAUUGCUGGAGCCUGUGGAAAUGGGCAUGUUGUUUUUGCACACGUGGUGGAACAACGCUGGGAGUGGAAAAAUUUUCAAGUAACAUUAACUAAACGAAGAACCAUGCAGGUUCGCAAUGUUCUUAAUGAUGCAGUGGAUUUACUGGAAUUCCGUGAUAGAGUCAUUAAAGCAUCUUUGAACUACGCACACUUAGUUGUUUCAACGUCCCUUCAAUGUUAUGUGUUCUCUACGAAGAACUGGAAUACACCACUUAUAUUUGAUCUUAAAGAAGGAACUGUUAGUUUAAUUCUGCAGGCAGAAAGACAUUUUCUUCUUGUAGAUGGUGGUGGUAUCUAUUUAUAUUCUUAUGAAGGCCGCUUCAUUUCUUCUCCAAAAUUUCCUGGAAUGAGAACAGAUAUUCUGAAUGCACAGACUGUGUCUCUGAGUAAUGAUACCAUUGCAAUAAAAGACAAAGCUGAUGAAAAAAUAAUCUUCCUUUUUGAGGCAUCAACUGGAAAACCAUUAGGCGAUGGGAAACUUCUUUCUCAUAAGAAUGAAAUUUUGGAAAUUGCUCUGGAUCAAAAGGGACUUACCAAUGAUAGAAAAAUUGCCUUCAUUGAUAAAAAUAGAGAUCUCUGUAUCACUUCAGUGAAACGAUUUGGGAAGGAAGAACAAAUUAUCAAACUUGGAACAAUGGUGCAUACUUUGGCCUGGAGUGAUACAUGUAAUAUCCUUUGUGGACUUCAAGAUACUCGAUUUACAGUGUGGUAUUACCCCAAUACGGUUUAUGUGGACAGAGACAUUUUGCCUAAAACAUUAUUUGAAAGGGAUGCAAGUGAAUUUAGUAAAAAUCCCCAUAUUGUGAGUUUUGUUGGAAAUCAAGUAACUAUAAGAAGAGCUGAUGGCUCACUGGUUCACAUCAGCAUAUCACCAUAUCCUGCUAUUCUCCAUGAAUAUGUAAGCAGUUCAAAAUGGGAAGAUGCUGUAAGACUUUGUCGCUUUGUUAAGGAGCAAACCAUGUGGGCUUGCCUAGCUGCUAUGGCAGUUGCUAACAGAGAUAUGACCACUGCAGAAAUAGCCUACGCAGCAAUUGGUGAAAUUGAUAAGGUUCAGUACAUUAAUUCUAUAAAAGAGCUUCCAUCUAAAGAAUCAAAAAUGGCUCACAUAUUAAUGCUUAGUGGGAAUAUACAGGAGGCUGAAAUGAUACUUCUUCAGGCUGGCCUUGUUUAUCAAGCAAUCCAGAUCAAUAUCAAUCUCUAUAACUGGGAAAGGGCACUUGAAUUGGCUGUAAAAUACAAAACACAUGUUGAUACAGUUCUUGCUUACCGUCAAAAGUUUUUGGAGACAUUUGGUAAACAGGAAACUAAUAAACGAUAUUUGCAGUAUGCAGAAGGUCUCCAAAUAGAUUGGGAGAAAGUCAGAGCCAAAAUUGAGAUGGAAAUUACUAAAGAACGAGAGCGAUCAUCAAGCAGCCAGUCCAGCAAGAAUAUAGGUCUAAGGCACUAAAUUUCUUGCUUACCUCGAAGAAGUUUUACCUUUUGAAACUAAUUCUGAUUAAUCAAGGAUUAUCAUAUUUUCAGUGCUAAAAAAAAGGCAGUAUCUUUAAGUAUAAGCACUUGCUAUGCAAUACUAAAAGUACAUUCAAAAAGACUAAUCACAAAGUAAUUGACAUAAUUUCAUCUUUUAUAUAUUUUAGUCUAAUAAUUAGCAAAAUAUUCCUAUAUGUUUAUGUAGUGUUGCUUACAUUCCAGUUUUUUGUCCAUUAUUCUAUCCCUGAAUCUUCAGCAUGAGCAAAUAUUAAUUCUGAUAAUAAAACAUUGGACUCUUAAAAA